AUGGGCAAGAAACUGAAAGACAUAGAAACUCCGCAAAUUGACGACACCGCGAGUAGAAAGGAGAAGAAGAAAAACAAGAAGAAGAAGCAGCAGCAGCAGGAAGAGGCAGAAAUCGAGGAACAACAAGCAAGUGGAAAUCAGGCGAAGAGAAAGCUCGACGAGGCUCAAUUAGGAGAUGAAGCAACUGAAAAUGGAAGCAGGAAGAAGGAUAAGAAGGACAAGAAGAAGAAUAAGAAGCAGCGGGAGGAGAAUGGCGGGAAAGAGGAGGCAAACGGAGGCGGGGCAGAGGCGGUGAACGGGAAGGAGAAUGACGGAGCUCGAGAAGAGAGCGGUAGUAAGGAAGGCGGCGAGGUAGAUAAGGUUUUGGUUACUGGAAAGGAUGCGGAUGAUUCCAAAUACAGGCCGUUGAAGUCGUUCGCGGAGGCGAAGCUGCCGGAGAAAGUGCUGGAGUGUUGCCAGGGUUUCAAAACGCCCUCGCCGAUUCAGUCUCAUUCCUGGCCGUUCUUGUUGCACGGGCGUGAUUUCAUUGGCAUUGCCAAGACUGGUUCAGGGAAGACAUUGGCGUAUGGGAUACCUGCAAUAAUGCACGUAAUGAGCAAGCGUAAAGUCAAAAUGGAGAGAGGGGCAAUUCCACUCUGUUUGGUGCUUGCACCUACGAGAGAGUUAGCUGACCAAAUUUUUGUUGUCUUGCGUGAUGCUGGGGAGCCGAAUGGUAUACGAUCAGUUUGUGUGUAUGGAGGAACGCCUAAAGGUCCUCAAAUUUCUUCGUUGAAGUCUGGUGUGGACAUUGUGAUUGGAACCCCUGGUCGUUUGAAAGAUCUGAUUGAAAUGGAGGUCUGCCGCCUUAAAGAUGUAUCUUAUGUGGUCCUUGAUGAAGCAGAUAGAAUGCUGGAUAUGGGAUUUCGGCAAGAAGUGCAACAUAUACUGAGCAAAACAUCUUCUCCUCGCCAGAUGCUAAUGUUCAGUGCUACAUGGCCACUGGAUGUUCACAAUCUAGCCAAGGAUCACAUGGACCCCAACCCAGUUAAGGUAGUUGUAGGUUCCGAAGAUACAGCUGCCAACCAUGACGUCUUGCAGAUUGUUGAGGUCAUUGAAGACCGGUUACGUGACGACCGCUUGCUUGCGUUGUUAGAAAAAUAUCACAAGACCCAAAAGAACAGGGUGAUCGUUUUUGCAUUGUACCAAAAGGAAGCUGAGCGCCUUGAGGGAAUGUUAAGGAGGAGUGGAUGGAAGGUUGUUGGUAUACACGGAGCCAAAUCACAGGAGCAGCGGACGAAGUCACUGUCGUUAUUUAAGACAGGAGGCUGCCCUUUAAUGGUGGCUACUGAUGUGGCUGCUCGAGGAUUGGAUGUUCCGGAUGUUGAAGUCGUGAUCAAUUACAGUUUCCCGCUCACUACCGAAGAUUACGUCCACAGAAUCGGGAGGACUGGACGUGCCGGGAAGAAGGGCGUUGCUCAUACUUUUUUCACGCACCAUAAUAAGGGACUUGCGGGCGAGCUAGUGAAUGUCCUCCGCGAAGCGAAGCAGAUAGUUCCGGAAUCCCUAUUGAAGUUUGGUACUCAUGUCAAGAAAAAGGAAUCGAAACUGUAUGGUGCCCACUUCAGAGAGAUUAGUGCGGAUGCUCCCAAGGCUAAGAAGAUAACAUUCAACUCGGAUGAUGAGGACUGA